AUGUCGCCGCCGGUAGGCGUGGCCAGACACGCAGGCCCUUUAAAAGUCGAUCAGGUCGACUCGCGCACUUUUCUGGUGCUAGUUCUUCUUAUUGCACCGUCGUUAGCCUGUCUUCCUGGUCUUGGUGGUCCACCCCCCUGCUGUCCUGUACCUCCACCACCUCUUCCACCGCCACCACCACCACCACCACCACCACCGCCACCACCAUCAUGUGUGCCGCCACCAGUUUGUGCAGGGCCAUUGUACCCAGCUCCUGCUCCUAGCUAUCAGCCUCCACCACCACUACCACCACCGCCGCCACCACCACCACCACCACCGCCACCACCAGCAGCAUACCCAGUUCCUGGUGCUUAUGGGGCGGGAAAGUAA